AUGGCUACCCGAGAUACCAAUGGUCCUUCGACUUAUACUAUUCCUCUACAAGCUUCCGAAGGACUUCCAUCUUUACGUCCAGGGACCAAUGCUGCUCCGGGUGCUCACGUCCUUCCAUAUGGAGUUACACAUGCACGGGAAGAAUACCCAGCUCUGCGCCAAGACUUCGACUUCGUUGACCCCCCGCACGCUCCUCUUGCAUCCGCAUUUGAUGUUGAUGCGUUCAUAGCAUCAUUUGAUUUCACUGACGCCGGCAAUUUCGACGAUUCAAACUCACCUCCACAAAAAGCAACUGCGCAGUCUUGGGCCAACAAUCUUGAGGCUGAUCCUGGUCCAGUACGACAGUCUGUCACGCAGCUCACAGGGAAAAAGAGGACAAUUUCUUUGUCUUUGCCUUCGGACAUUGUAAACAAGCGGCGAAAAAGCACCCGCAAGUCAUUCACAUCUCAAAUCGAACAGCCAGCAUCAUCGUUCUAUGGCCUUCCAGCGGACCAACUUGUGACAUCACAACAGUCCCCACAUGUCUUGCAUACCAAUGUUCAUUUGCCAGAGUCACAAUCAACGCCCUCAACCAUGACAGAAGAGGUUCAGAAACCCAAGCGCAGCCUACAAUGUGCAUUCCGGAAAGCUCAGGCAAAACUGGGUUUGCCUUAUACAUGUACAGCAGCCCCAGUUACUACGGUAUCUGCUGUCCGAACGCAUUUAACCCGUAGGCUACCCAAAGGAAGGCCUCCGCACUUACCCUUCCUCAAGCUUUGCACAACCUGUAACGAAGACUUACUGGACGAGCACGAAUUCGAGGCUUACCAUGGCAAAGACGGCCUCAAAUGUGAGACCCCACGGCAACAGCGCAAGGGCGAUACGGGGCAACAGGAGCAGUAUGAUAUUUUGUGCUCCAAAGUGGAGACCUACAUCAUCACCCAAGGAAACCAAAGAAGUUCAGCAAACUCCACCACAGCCGAAACUGACGCUACGCUGUUGAGCUCAAUGCCAAUUUUACAUGAUCCAGACCUUACUCCAGAGCUCCCUGUGUCGACUCAGGCUUCAGAUACAGUAGCUGAGCCUCCUAGCUCACCGCUUCAAUGCAAAACGUCUUCAUACUCACGCAAGGCAAAAGAUAACUAG